CAACACCAUUAUCACUCUCAAUAACAUGUUCAUUCAUCGCCACAGAUAUAAUGAAUGAACACGAUGACAAUGAGCUUAAAUCUAUUGACGAAUGUCGUCGUAGAAAUGAUUGGCCAAAAUGGAAUGAAGCAAUUCAGGUAGAAUUAAAAUAGCUAGAAAAGCGUAAUGUUUUUGGACCAAUUGUCCAUACGCCAAAAGGCGUAAAACCUGUCGGUUUUAAAUGGGUUUUUGUGCGUAAACGCAACGAGAAAAAUGAAAUCGUUAGAUACAAAGCCCGACUUGUUGCCCAAGGUUUUUCUCAAAUGCCAGGAAUCGAUUAUGAUGAGACGUAUUCUCCAGUAGUUGAUGCUACAACUUUAAGAUUUUUAAUUGGCAUGUCUGUUUUUGAAAGGCUGCAAAUGCGCCUAAUGGAUGUGGUGACCGCAUAUUUAUACGGUUCACUCGAUACAGACAUAUAUAUGAGAAUUCCUGGAGGCUUUAAAAUACCUGAUGCUUAUAGCUCGAAAUCUCGAGAUUUAUUUUCCAUAAAAUUGCAAAAGUCAUUAUAUGGAUUAAAACAAUCUGGACGCAUGUGGUAUAACCGUCUCAGUGAAUAUUAUUAAAGAAGGGUAUAAAAAUGAUCCUAUUAGUCCAUGUGUUUUCAUUCAGCGAUCCGAAUCAGGAUUCGCCAUAAUUGCAGUAUAUGUUGAUGAUUUGAAUAUAAUCGGAACUCCUAAUGAAAUUGAAAAUACUGCAAAAUAUCUCAUGAAAGAAUUUGAAAUGAAAGACCUUGGGAGAACAAAAUUUUGUCCCGGCAUUCAAAUUGAACAUUUGAGAAAUGGUAUUUUCAUCCACCAAUCAAAUUAUACUGAGAAACUUUUGAAGCGAUUUUACAUGGAUAAAGCACAUCCGCUCAAUUCUCCAAUGGUGGUUCGAUCUCUCAAUGUGCAUGAUGAUCCUUUCCGACCUUGUGAAGAUGAUGAAGAAAUCCUUGGUCCCGAAAUACCAUAUUUGAGUGCUGUUGGAGCAUUAAUGUAUUUGGCUAAUAAUACUCGACCAGAUAUUUCUUUUUCUGUAAAUUUAUUAGCCAGGUACAGUUCUUCCCCAACAAGAAGGCAUUGGAAUGGUGUCAAACAUAUAUUCCGAUAUCUCAAUGGUACAAUCGAUCUUGGAUUGUAUUUCAAGAAUGGUGCAAAUGCCACUUUAAUUGGCUACGCGGAUGCAGGAUACUUGUCUGAUCCACAAAAGGCAAAAUCACAAACAGGAUAUUUAUUCACCUAUGGUGAUACCGCUAUAUCAUGGAGAUCAAUGAAGCAAACAUUAACUGCAACAUCAUCAAAUCAUGCAGAAUUAAUUGCUCUUUAUGAAGCAGGUUGUGAGUGUGUCUGGUUGAGAUCAAUGAUCCAGCACAUACAAAAUGAAUGCGGUAUAAAAUCUUUUACUUCUAAUCCUACUGUGAUUUAUGAAGAUAAUACAGCAUGUAUAGCUCAGAUCAAAGGAGGUUACAUCAAAGGGGACAGAACAAAGCAUAUAGCACCAAAACUUUUCUCCACACAUGAUCUUGAGAAUGACGGAACGGUUGAUGUCAAACAAAUCAAGUCAUGCGACAACCCUGCUGAUUUGUUCACAAAGUCAUUGACACCGAAGAAAUUU